GACUGUCUUACAGUUCAAAGCGGAAAAGAAAAAGAAGAAAAAAAGAAAAGGCGGGAAGAAAAAAAGGAGACGAAAGAAGGACGAGAGGAAGAACAGGAGGAGACCAAGGAAAACAAGGGAGGUAAGGAGGAGAAGGGCGGGACGGAGGAGAAGAUAAGUAAGGAUGGAUGAAACGGAAGAUAAGUUUAAAUAAAAAUAGAGAAAUAGAGAAACCUUCCUCUACCAUGGUUCUUCUUCCUCUCUUCGUUACUCUCAGUUUGAUUGACGUUGUUUGCAUGGAAACCUUGGUUAAACCCCGAAUCCUGACUUCCCCCCAGAUAUACAGAGCUAAGGCUGGAGAAAGUAUAGAACUAGAAUGUUCUGUACAUAACCUAGGAACUAUGGUACUGCUAUGGAAGGAGGGACCAAGAGUUCUAUUUGCGGGAACUAUGCGAGUGAGAAGGGAUGAAAGGAUGGAAUUGCGAGGAACCAACCUGAUCCUACAUGGUGUAGAGAAGAGUGAUGAAGGAGAGUAUGAUUGUGAAAUAGAAACGGAUAGAUCAGAUCCUAUAUCCAUCCGUCAUUCUAUAGAGAUACUUAUACCUCCUUCAGUACGAAGUGAUCCUGCUAAUGGUGAAGUUCUGGUUAAACAAGGAAGUAUGGUGACAGUACAGUGUACUGCAACAGGGAAUCCUUCUCCUAGCGUUACAUGGACCAGACUUAACCAGGACAAGAUUCUCGGUGAGGGGGGCGUUUUACAACUAAGUGACGUCACACAUCAUCAUGCAGGCAUGUACAUUUGUACAGCAGACAAUGGAGUAGGAAACCCUGCGGAUGUACACAUACAAAUCAAAGUUUUAUAUAAGCCCGAGGUUUGGGUUGAGCAGGACGUGGUUCAAGGUGGACUUGGAGAACAGGCAACCCUGGUCUGUAGGGUUCAAGGAUAUCCUAUCCCAGAUAUCAGGUGGUACAGGGGAACAAUGUUGUUAGAAACAGAUAACCACAGUGUUUAGUGAGUCUGAUCGUAGGGU